AUGGGCCGGACGUCGGGGUACGAUGCCCGCAUCAGACCCAAUUUCAAAGGUAAAGGAGGACUUUGCUCACAUCCUUCCCAUCCUGUCGCAACAUUUCCCCAUCAGGGCUGCCAAAUCCAGGACAUCAUACACAUCCCUCCAGUGCUGAAGGUCACUCUGUGUGCAAGAAUAUUGGAGGCUGGAAGUUUGAAAGAUAGCCAGGGAUGCAAAGCCCCUCCCCACACAAAAAGAGAGACACUAGAAGACAAGAGAACCCUUUCCUGGGUAGAAAUGGGGGAGUGUCAUCCCUGGGAAUUAUAUUGCAAGACUCCUGGUGUUGGAUAGAUUUAGAUGAGUAGGAGAGGAUAUUUUAUUUAGUCAUUAUCCUUUCUCUUUCUCUUUCUCACUUCUGUGAGAAUGUAAAUACUUAUUUUUUAGCAGAGUUAAAAUCACCAUCUGUGCACAGCUUAUCUCUAGAAGCUGUUAGGACAAGGUUGCACGUCCUUCUAGAACUAUUAUGAUAUCCAAGGAUGCUCUAGGCAGACUUGGAUUAUCUGCUCCUGUUCAUAUUUCCCUCCUAACAAAGAAAUCACUCUUGGGCUAUUUAGUAAAACAAGAAAAUAUAAGGUUUACUCACAUCAAAAGUCUUGCCAGGAUUCAACAAGUAUGGUGAUGAAAAUCAGACAGGCGGUAAUCCUUAAAUAUUACAAACACCCAUAGUCUAGUUCAAAAUGGAGUGUGCUUUCUGGAGGAGAGCUUACACACAACCUACCCCAUUGCAGGCAGGAGAAAAGUGUGCAGAGACAGGAAGAAGUAAAUAUUAAGUUUCUAUUGUUCUUCCUGCCACAAAAGUUUAGAGGCUAUGACAUCAUCAUGUCCCCUGUUUGUGACUAUCUAGGAAUCACGCAUUUGUGAUUUGGCUGCACAUCCUCUCACACGUGUCCUGGGAUCAUUGGGAAAACAAGUGACCUGUAUAAGGCAGGUGUCUCCUCCAGGUGGACCAAUGCUUUGACUUGGUCGAAGGCGGCUUUGAGUUGCGCCCUGGAACCUUGUCAACUCACCUGUGCUUUCCCAUUGGCUUACAGGCCCGCCCGUCAACGUGACAUGCAACAUCUUCAUCAACAGUUUUGGUUCGGUCACUGAAACAACCAUGGUGAGACUCUGACUGCUUGCCUCGCCCCAAGCACAAGGGUCCUCCUCUGCCCUGGGGCUGGCUGGGCAGCGAUCCCUGGGGGUUGUGCUUGCCUCUGAGUGGCUGCUGUUCCCUUGGAGGUUGAUGGGGGGCAGGGAGAGGAAAGUGGUGGGAAAGGUGGAGGUUCAGGUGAUGAGGACAAUUGGGAAGAAGGCAGAGAAGAGCCUUGUGGCUUGUGCAUAAGAACACACAAAUAACCCUGUAGCUGGAUCAAGCCCAUGGCCCUCCUAGUCCAGCACCCUUAUUUAUACGGGUCUUAGUCUAUCAUAGAAUUACAGAGUUGGAAGGGACCACGAGGGUCAUCUAGUCCAACCCUCUGCAGUGCAUGAAUCUUUUGCCCAGUGCGGAUCUUGAACCCACAACCCUGAGAUUCUGAGUCUCAGGCCCUACCAACUGAGCUACGAUGGGCACAGUGGCUAACAAGAAACCUGUGGGAAACCUGCAAGUAGGAUACUAUGAUCAUAAGAACUCUCUCCCAGGGGGUGGACUGGAUGACCCCCAGGUCCCUUCCAACUCUACAGCAUUGAUUCUCCCCUCCUGUGGUUUCCAGCAACUGGUAUCCAAAGUCAUUAGUAGGAUUGUGUCCAGUUAGCACUGAGAACAAGGAAGCGAUGUUUCACUUGGUAUUAUUAUUAUUAUUAUUAUUAUUAUUAUUAUUCCUGCCCCCAACUAUGCAGGGAGAGCGUAGCCUACAUCAAUAGCCAUUGAUGUGCAGGAGUUCCAGAGCCUUUCUCCAAAUCUCUUCCCACCUGCCUUGCUCACUCCCGGGCCAGGAUACCAGAGGCCGUGAACCAACACUGCACAUGGAUGCAUGUGUGUGUGCAGGUGCAUGCCUGUGUCAUGCGGCUUGCCCCCGCGUGUGACGGCUCCUCUCUGCUCUCAAGGACUACCGCGUCAACGUCUUCCUGAGGCAGCAGUGGAACGACCCCCGCCUGGCCUACCGGGAAUACCCUGACGACUCCCUGGACCUCGACCCAUCCAUGCUGGACUCCAUCUGGAAGCCGGAUUUGUUCUUUGCCAAUGAGAAGGGCGCCAACUUCCACGAGGUCACCACCGACAACAAGCUCCUGCGCAUCUUCAAGAAUGGCAACGUGCUCUACAGCAUCAGGUGGGCCCAGCGGCGCCUGGCAUGGGCUCUCCCUGCUGCCACUCGGAAGCAGGGCAGGGCCCGACACAGACCCCUUUCCCCCCUGACCCCCUCCUUUCUCUCCCCUUCCCUCCUAGGCUGACACUAAUCCUGUCCUGCCCCAUGGACCUCAAGAACUUCCCGAUGGACAUCCAGACCUGCACGAUGCAACUGGAGAGUUGUGAGUACCAGGGCAAAACCUUUUUGCGGUGCCAGGUGCAGGACAGUUGCCGCACCUGCAAUCUAUGUUUAGAGGCAAGGAGGAAGGAUGCUGCCCCAAAUUGUUGCCAGUGAGCUGCACGGAGUGGCCAGCAGAUGGGCAGUGGAAGGACUGCCAGCUGAGUCCAGGGUGGCUCCCCAAAGUCAUUGUUGAGGUUCUGGAAGUCCCAGCAGACUCUGGCAGUGGAAGAGUCCAUUUCAAAGCAGCUCUGGGGCUUCUCAGAAAGCAAUGAUGCCUUGAGUGGCGGAGUUGGAGGAGCAGGUCAAGGGGAAAGGCAAUAGCCCCUGGGGCAGGGAACAUGUAUCCCAACCAGCAAGGGAGGACAGUGGUGUGGGAAUGUUCAGGGAUGCAGGAGAGGAUAUAUUGUCUGUUCACAAUUUAGCAGAAUAACAUUCCCCCUUUUUAAAAUUCGCAGCGGAUGCGUUUGCUCAGGCUUGCUAAAGCCUCUAUAAUAACUGUUCUGGUAUUUUCCCCUUAUUCCCUCAUAAAAGAUAAGACAUGUCACAGUCUUCUAUAAAAGUAUAAAAAGCUUUACUCACACAUCAUUCUGUUCACAAUAGGAUCCCAGAAGGCAGACUUUGCUUAGAAAAGUAACAUACACCUGGAAACUAUCUCAUAAGGAGACAGUCCCUUUGUCCUUGGCUGGAGGCCAAGAGAGCAUCUUUGGCUAAGCAGAUGUUGUUUCUUCAAUGCAUGUAGUCAAAGAGAGAGAGAUGUCUGCCCUGCCCUGUGCUUUUGUCGUUACCUGCACAGGUGAGGCCACACCCACCUCUAGUCACAUGCAGAGGAAGUCUGUCCCAACCCAGAAGGAAACAGGAAGUUUACCUGCUGGCUGGACAAACAUUCCUCCCCAUGUGUAAACAUGUUCACUCUAGGAAUGUUGUACUUGACUGCUCUUGUGUUUCACAUCCCACAAGUGGAACUUGUAGUUGAGCAUGAUCUGGUCUGCGUUCCCUUUGCUAUGGGGUGGGAAGGUGACUGGUGCUGAGCAGAGGAAGAGGCAGUGAGCAAAGGGCUGUCCCAUGGAAGAUGGAGCAAGCUUGUUUCCUCCUGCUCUGGAAGGUAGGACUUGAACCAGUGGCUUCAAGUUACAAGAAAGGAGACUCCAACUAAAGACACCAGGAAGAGCUUUCUGAGAGUGAGAGUUGUUUGACAGUGGAAUGGACUCUCUCAGAAGGUGGUGGACUUUGGUUCAUUGGAGAUUUCUAAGCAGAGGUUGGGUACAGUGUUAGAAACGGAGACGUGGAAGCUAGGAGCUCAAUGGCACCUUCAACCGAGGUUGUGGAAGCAACAACAGAAUGUCUAGGUGCACUUUUUUAAUAACAAGAAUACAAAGCUGAAAACGAAUGAACUGCAACUAAAAUAUUAUCUUCAUUUUUCACAUGGUCUAGUCCUUCCCCUGCCCACCCCCCUAAUAUUCUUAAGAGGGUCUCUUCUUCAGAGAGUAGCUGGAAGUGGGGAGGCAGAAAAAGGUCCUCCUUUCCUUCCGCUCUGCAGUUUUAAUCUGAAAUCAGGACUUGCUGCACCCAGAGCUCAGAAACUGCUGGCGCCAAUGAAAUUCCAUGGCUCAAAAUGCUCCUAGAACGGGAGUUUUGAACACUGGUUAGGUAGCCACUUGUCAUGGAUGCUUUAGAUGAGAUUCCUGCAUAGCAGGGGGUUGGACUAGAUCAGAGGGUUCCCAAGCUUAUUUGGCCUAGUGCCCCCUUUUCAGAAAAAAAAUACUCAGUUGCCUCCUGGAAAUCUACCUUUGUGAAGUGCACAAACAGAAAGAUGCCGUGACAAAUUUGCAUUCUUUUUAUGUAUCUUUAUUUCUAGCUACGUCCUAAGCAGAUAACCACUCUGACUUUAUUUUACAUUGAUAAGCAUCAUUAUACAACAAAUGAAACAUGUACAAAUGGUUUUUCAAAAUUUUAUUCUCUUCUCGUCUUUCUUCAUGCUUUAUUCGACGCCCACCCCCUUGCACCCACGGCUACUACCCGCUCCCUGGAUUGUUCCAGCGCCUCCCAGGGGGUGGUAUUACCCACUUUGGGAAACACUAAGUUGGAUGAUAAGGGACGCGGGUGGCGCUGUGGGUUAAACCAAAGAGCCUAGGGCUUGCCGAUCAGAAGGUUGGCAGUUCGAAUCCCCACGACGGGGUGAGCUCCCGUUGCUCAGUCCCUGCUCCUGCCAACCUAGCAGUUCGAAAGCAUGUCAAAGUGCAAGUAGAUAAAUAAGUACCUCUCUGGCAGGAAGGUAAAUGGUGUUUCCGUGCGCUGCUCUGGUUCGCCAGAAGCGGCUUAGUCAUGCUGGCCACAUGACCCGGAAGCUGUACGCCGGCUCCCUCGGCCAGUAGAGCGAGAUGAGCGCCGCAACCCCAGAGUCGUCCACAACUGGACCUAGUGGUCAGGGGUCCCUUUACCCCUUUACCGUUACACACAUUGCACCCAGGGAGCCAGGGGUCCCUUCCAACUCUACCAUUCUAUGAUUCUAUGAAGGCCUUGUGGUUUGGGGGAGGGGGGAGGAUGCCCGACAGCCCUUGUGGCUUUGUGCAGAUGGCUGGAAGACUCUGGGAUGCUCUCCCCUCUCACCCUUCCUUCCUCACCCGCUGCCUUUGCCUUCUAGUUGGCUACACCAUGAACGACCUGAUCUUUGAGUGGGUGAAGGAGCAGGAAGCUGUGCAGGUGGCCGAAGGCUUGACGCUCCCUCAGUUCAUUUUGCGGGAUGAGAAGGACCUGGGCUACUGCACAAAGUCUUACAACACAGGUAACCAGCCUCCCUCCGUCAGAUGCUUCCAUUGUCCCAGCACAGAAUGAGCACCUUCCCACCCGCAACGCUGCCCACUCCUUUGCCACGGGGCUUGUGCCAAUGGUGGGCAUCUCACCUCCCAGGUGUUUCCUCCUCUUUCUUCUUGAUUUCCUGACUCUGCUCCCCCCCCUUCUUUUAAUUUUAAGGAUCCCAAUCUUGUACAGAGUCUUUUUAACUGAUGGUAUCACAUCUGCAUAUUUGACUGGUUUUUGCAAACCAUCCAGGGGAACUUGGUCCAUGGGCAUUCUAGGAAUGGCACAAAUAAAUGAAAUAAAGAGGGGAACAACCUCUUUAUGAGGAGGACACAUGGAGCCCCCCCCCCAAACAACCUUUGUAACCUCAGCGUUGUCUCAUUGGCACUCUCUCUCUCUCUCUCUCUCUCUCUCUCUAUAUAUAUAUAUAUAUUCAGUUUUUUCAUCAUUAACAUCAUUCAAACUUAAAUUCAGCAAUAUUUAUACCUUUGUGGGAUUCUCUAACCCCUGGACUUCCCUCAUCCCCCUUCUGGUUUUCCUCAAAUAUAUUUUUUAAAUUUUGACUGCAUCUAAUUGCAUAUAUCCAACUUUAAUUAAAUUGAAUUAAUUAAAUCCCUUACCAGUUUAAAAUUACAAGUGCUACAUCAAUCUUGCUAAUGUCUUUAAAUUUUUACAUGGUUCCUUAAUAUACUCUAUAAAUUUAUGCCAUUCUUUUUUAAAUUUACUGUCAUCUUGGUGCCUGAUCUUCCCAUUUCUGCGUAGUCCAUCAUUUUCUCUAUCUACUCUUUCUUGGUUGGCGUUUCCUCUUACUUCCAUCUUUGGGCAAAAAGCAUUCUUGCAGCUGUCUUUGCAUACAUAAACAGUCUUUUUAAGUCCUUUGGUAUUUCUUCUCCUGUAAUGCCGAUUUAAAAGCUUCCUUUUUUAAUAACAAAAGUUAUCUUAAACAUUAUUUUCAAUUCAGUAAAUAACAUUUCCCAGAAUGCUCACCCCUUUUUGCACGUCGACUACAUGUGUUAGAACGUGCCUUCAUUCUCUUUACACUUCCAACAUAGGUUGGUAGUAUUUUUCUACAUUUUUGCUAAUCUUGUGGGAGUCAAAUACCAUCAGCACAUCAUUUUCACAUAGUUUUCUUUCAAUGUACAGCAUGCUGUAAAUUUCAAAUACUCCUUCUGUAAUCUUUCCCAAUCAGCAGUGUCUCAUGGGCACGCUCAGGACCGGAUUUAGGUUUGAUGAGGCCCUAAGGUGCUCCAGAAGGUAAUGGGGCCCUUUCAAUGUCCAGCUGUCCUUUGUCAACAACAAAUUGUUGCUGUUUUUUGUGUUGAAUGUAUGCUAUAUGGUCAUUUAUGGACCUCAUAGGCAUCUCAAGCCAUUUGCACAUAACAAAAUAUGUAUUUUAUCAAAGUCAUUGAAGUGAAAUGCAAUUAAGAAGAAGUAUAUUAAUAGUGAAAUAGUGAAUAGUAUAUUAAUAGUGAAAUAAUUAUUAAUCUCUAACUUAAAAUGAUUUUUUAUUCAUAACAAACUUAAUAAUGCAAACACAUUGGCAUUUGGCAAUAACAAAAGUUCCUUUAGAAACACAAUGUACAAAGACUCAUAAUCUAGCCUCUAGAAACUUGCUAUAACAUGAAAUAAUAAUUGUAGGUUUUAUUUUAUGUUUUUUAUCUUAUAUUUUGGAAAUGUACAUCGUUUCCCCCUUUAAUUUUUUGGGGGCCCCAAGAGAGUGGGCCCUAAGCUGUAGCUGGUUUAGCUUAUACGUCAAUCCGGCACUGGGCCUGCUCUGCCAUUUCCCUUGCAGGGAAGUUCACCUGCAUCGAGGUGAAGUUCCACCUGGAGAGGCAGAUGGGCUACUACCUGAUCCAGAUGUACAUCCCCAGCCUGCUCAUCGUCAUCCUUUCCUGGGUCUCCUUUUGGAUCAACAUGGAUGCUGCCCCUGCCCGGGUGGGCCUUGGCAUCACCACGGUGCUAACCAUGACCACGCAGAGCGCAGGCUCCCGGGCGUCUCUGCCAAAGGUUGGUGCUGCCAGGUGGUUUGAGGGGGAAGGGGAGAAAUAGCGCUCUCCCAAGGAGGGAGGCAAGUGAGCCUCUCCAGUCCCCAAGAUGGCGUCUUGCAAAUAUUUGUUUCAUUAUUGCAUUCCCACCGCACCUUUCCCUCCAAGGAGCUCAAAGCCUCAUACGUGGAUUUUGAGGAGUAGGAGAGGAUGUUCUAUUUAGCCACACUCCUUCCUCUUUCUCACUUCUCUGAGAAUGCAAAUCUCUACUUCAGCAGAGUUAAAAUCACCAUCCUGUGCAGCUUAUCUCUGGAAGCUAUUAAGACAAGAUUGCAUAACCAAAGAUACUUUGUCAGGGACAGAAAAAAGGAGAGGUUUAUUAUUUAUUCAUCAUAUCCACCACCCACCUUUUCUCAAGGUAGUGUACAUAGUUCCUAGAAUCAUAGAAUUUUUUAUUUUUGCAGAAAAGACAAUACCAUUAUUAUAACCAGUUACAUUUCCAUACAUUAUUAUAUAGAUAUAAGUGGUAUCAUUAUCCUAAUACGUAUAUGCUUGUUAAAAACCUACUAUAUUCUGUAUAAACUCAAAGUCUAUGUCUACCAGCAAUCCGUUCAUAUGUUGAGAGUGUUGUCAUGUUGUCAGUCCAUUGACUGAAGAGGAUCAGAUCUUUAGUCUUCCAAUGCAUCAGUAUAGAAUUCAUCAUAGAACCAUAGAAAUGUAGAGUUGGAAGAGACCCUGAGGGCAAUCUAGUCUAACCCCUUGCAAUUUAAGAAGGAUGAUGGAAGGUGUGCAGAGGAGGGCAAGCAAGAUGAUCAAGGGUCUGGAAACCAAGCCUUAUGAGGAACGGUUGAAGGAGCUGAGUAUGUUUUGCCUGGAAAAGAGGAGAGUGAGAAGAGAUUGGAUAGCUGUCUUCAAAUAUCUCAAGGGCUGUCCCAUGGAAGAGGGAACAAGCUUGUUUCCUCCUUCUCUGGAGGGUAGGACUCGAACCAAUGGCUUCAAGUUAUGAGAAAGGAGGUACUGACUAAACCUCAGGAAGAACUUUCUAGCAGUAAGAGCAGUUCAACAGUGGAAAGGUCUCCCUCGGAAGGUGGUGGGCUCUCCUUCCCUGGAGGUUUCUAAGCAGAGGUUGGGUGGUCAUUUGCCAUGGAUGCUUGAACUGAGAUUUCUGCAUUGCAGGGGGUUGGACUAGAUUGCCCCAUGGGAUCCCUUCCAAUUCUAGGAUAAUUUUAUUCUAAGACACUGUGGGACAUUAGGGUGCUCUUGCUGAGUAGAGGACCAGAUCCCCAAGGGGGAUAGAGUCUUUUAAGUCAGGCCCUGCCUAGCAACCCACUUCUGAGGGGCCACCCUGUUCUCCCUUCCUCCUUUGCAGGUCUCCUACGUCAAAGCCAUUGACAUCUGGAUGGCUGUCUGCCUCCUCUUCGUCUUCGCUGCCUUGCUGGAGUAUGCCGCCGUCAACUUCGUCUCCCGCCAGCACAAGGAGUUCAUGCGCCUGCGCCGAAGGCAGCGGCGGCAGCAGAUGGUGAGUAGGCGGAUUGACACCCCCCACCCCCACCUGCCCCGCCCCCCACCUUGGCUGUCUUCUUGAUGGAAGGGGGCGAUUCGCUGGCUGUAUUCCCAGCUGCUCUUCUCAGCCCAGACACAAUGGCCAUGAUCCUGGGUUGGGGAAAGGGAGGGGUGGGCAGGAUCAGGGCUUCCCUUCUCAAGUGGCAAUAGCUGAGCCAUCCCUGUCUGCUGGGUUGCUCAACCCCUUCCUAAUGGAGCAGGAUUGCCGCCACUUGCCCUCCCUCCCAGAUUCCUGGCCCAGAUGACCCUGAAUUUUUGUUGAAAGUCACCCAGGAUGUGGUGGGGAGGCAGGGGCUUUGGAUUGGGCUGUAGCUCAAACUAGCAUGUUGAGAAACAGAUGGCACCCAGAAGAUAUUUCAAGGCCUCCCACCUGUUUUGCAGGUGUUUUUCUUUCAUCAGGUUCACCAAAUCUGCCCUGAGUCUCUGUAGCAAAAGAAAAACAAAACAAAACAGGUUUUGAAUCUGAUAUGACAACAUUAUCAUUGGCCGCUGCCACCAACUCCCAAGAGCUCUCAAGGUCUAGUUGGAGUCUUUCAUUCUGAACCAUGAGGACAAAUCUUUAUUUUGAGGGGAAGGGCUGUAGCUCAGUGCCUGCAGAAGGCCACAGGUACAACUCCCAACGGCUUCUCCAGGGAGGGCCAGGUGUAUCAAUGCAAUUUGUUCCUUUUGCGGGUUCCUUUUCAGUCAGCUGAAUCACCCAGAAAAUCCUCCAGAACCUUCUUUCUCAGUCCACUUCAUCUGUUGGUGAAUUCCCAUGUGGGAACAAACACCUCACCCAUUCUAGUCCUGCUUAAAGUAUUUAUUGAAAAAUCAACAUUACAACCACUGGUCUGAGGAAAAUAAAGUAAAACCAUGCACAGAGAAUCCUUCCUCCUCUCUGCUCUUUAGCUGUCUGGCCAGAGUAACAGCCAAAAUUCUCUCAUUCAGAGCCUGUCUAAUAGAGAAGUCUGUUGCUAAGGAAACCCUGUUGCUGGGGAAGACCUGUUGCUGGGAUAAAACUUGUUGCUAGGGGCAAAACUAUGCAAGGAUCGUUUCAAGCCUGUUUUUAGACUACACUAACAGGGAGAAGAUGCUUGAUCUGAGAGCUGCUGCCAUUCAAUGGAUGGAGCUGUAAGAACAUAAGAAUGGGGGACAACCUGGCUUACAUGUGAGAAGAAUCUAGGGGGUCUUGGUGGACUCCAAGCUUAACGUGACUCAAUAGUGAGAUGCAGCAGCAAAAAGAGGUUGGGUGGCCAUCGGUUAUGGAUGCUUUAGUUGAGAUUCCUGCCUUGAAUAGGGUUGGACCAGCUGACCCUCAGGGUCCCUUCUAACUCUGUGAUUCGACGAUUCUAUGAUUCUGUGAGCAGGAUGAGAUGUUGCCCAGCUGGAGGGAGCAUCUCUGAGCAGGUGCAGAGUGCAAACGGCCUUCUCUAGCUGCAGCAAAGCCAGACACAGACCUAGAAUUCAGAGGAAGCACCUUCCUGGGCGUGACGGCAGGGUUCCCAGUUGGGUUUGUACCCCCAGAGAUAAAGCUACUGGUCUUCGAGGGUGUCUGUGAGACUGUGUUGUUGCUGUUGCUGCUGCUUCCUCCUUCCACCCCUCUCCCCUUCUCCUCACCCCCCUUUUCCUGAGUCAUGCGCCCCAGUGCCCACCCCCACUGCAACCAUCUCAUUUGUAGAGGCCCACACUUUAAUAAAUGAAAUCGUCAGGAAAAGCAAAUGUUGAAAGCACAUUUUUGAAAGCACAUUUGCGUAGCUUGGCUUAUUUGGCAUCCAUCCAUUUCUGGGAGUUGCAAGGAAGGGCCAGGAAUGCUGAAGGACCCUGGGCAAUCCUGCUCAGCCCCUUUCUCCUCACCCUCCUUAGCCCAUGGCCUUCUUUUGAGAUGUCACCAAGCCUUGACUAAACCCUCCCAGUUCUAUAUCUGCAGCCUUAAAGGCUGGCCACUUGGCAAGCCGAGACGGAAUCAUAGAAUUGUAGAGUUGGAAGAGACCCCCAGGGAUGCAGGAAUCUCAGCUCAAGCAUCCCUGACAGAUGGCCAUCCAACCUCUGCUUCAAAACCUCCCAGGAAGCAGAGUCCACCACCUCCCAAAGGAGUCCAUUCCAUGGUUCAAUGGCUCUUCUGAUGUUGAGAUGGAAUCUCCUUCCUUGUCAUUUGAAUCCAUUGGUUCAGUUCCUAUCAAGGUAUGUGUGUGUGUGCGUGUGCGUGUGUGCGCAUGUAAUGAUGCUGCCAUUCCACAAGCUCCCACAAAACCUUGCCUUUCAUCCUCCUCCAUUCCCCUCCUCCUCCCUGCCUAAGCUGGGAGCUCCUGAAUGGCUGGUUUGUGUGAAUGUGCCGUCAAAGCCCACACACCAUUUUGAGCCCUUUGUUGGAGGCAUUGUGUGUGUGUGUUUUUGUGGGAAUGAGGGUUGUCCUUGGGUGGAACGGACUCCCUUGGAAAGUGGUGAACUCUCUCUCUCUUGUUGGAGGUUUUGACACAGAGCUUGGAGAGCCAUCUGCUUGAGCUGAGAUUCCUGCAUUGCAGAAGGUUGGGCAGGUCCCUUCCAACUCCACAACACUACGGUUCUGUGAUUCCACCCACCAGGGCCUCUAAGCCCCACUGCCCCACUGCCUUUUUGCUGCCAUCCUCCAAAGAGGAGAGGGCAGGCCUGCCAGGCACCUGGUGGGUCUCCCCUGUCUGUUCUCUUGUUGAAUGAUGGGGCACACCUGGGCGUUCUGUGCAUGUGUGAGUCCACCCAGAGGACUGUAGUCAACCAAGCUCUCUAAGAGGAGACCUGUUGAGCCAGAGCGAGCCACGCCUAUGGGCAUCAAUGGACAGACCCUUUGCACGGGCUCCCGCCCAGAGUCGCUGUGCGCCAGCCGAACCCUCGGUCAUCCACUCUCCUGUUUCUGUUUGAUCUGCACUCCCUGCUGGAUUGUAAAAGGGUCUGAACAGCCAGACGCCCAGCUUGGAGUCCCUACGGCAGCUGGAGGUCACGCCCAGCAGCGAGUCCACCUGCGAGACCCUCUCUCAAUUCGGCAGCACCGACUCCAGGGUAAAAAGCAAGCACACACCCCUUCCCCACACCCUGACCCCACCCCGCAGGUCUCCUGCUCUCCGCCUGUCACCCUUCUCCACGCCAACCCUCAUGUUUUCCCCCUCCCUCCCUUGCACCGCCUUCCCCAUUGCCUGUGAGAAACCCACCCUGCAGUGUUGCCCACAAAUGCACAGCACCCCCUGUAUGUGUGGGAGCAAAGGGUUUUUGCUGGCAGUGGGGUCACCACGCAGCCCUUGGAAGCCAAAGGAGCCCAGAGGGAGAGAGGGUUGGAUGUGCUGGAAGUGAGCUUAGGAGGACCGAAGGGCAGCUGUUAUCAGGGCAUGCAUGCGUUCUGAGUGGCACACAGCUCUUCGACAGACACACACUAUAGAAGCUGGAAAUAGAGAAGGCUGCAGCCCCUCUUCACAUGCUCUCAUGGGAUGCGUAUAGAAAUAAAGAGAUAAUAUAUUUGUUAGAUAUUAUCCUUCCUUACUCACAUUUGUGAGUUCAGCAGAGUACAUCCUCUUUGCUGAAAAUAAUAAUAAUAAGAAAGCUGUUGAUAAACUAGUGUUAGCCCUUUAAUUUAAGCAAUCCAGGAUGGUUUAUCACAGAUUGGAUUUCCUGGUAUUCCCCUCCCCCCCCGUAAAACAAUAAACACACAGUAUUCUUAUUAGUAAAGAUAGAUUUAGGUACUCACCCGGUUUCACAGCAGCAGUCCUGCACCAGGCUUAAAAGGUCGUUACAGACAUAUAUGGUAGUUUAGAUUAAAGUGGAGUUUGAGCUGUUUCUCAUACUCAGCGCAUGUCCUACAUCCCUAGUCAUUGAAGAGAAGAGAUUGGAGAUUAGGUAUCAGAGAAGGAGCAGGCCAGGGAUGUGACCAGCUUAUAUAGGCUGCUCACCUUUACCUGGCUAGAGACAGUGGGAGUGGCUUUCCCAGGGAGGAUUUCCUGUAGAGAUCCAACUUCCCCUGUGUUUGCCUUUCUAGCAAACACACCUUGUUGGUUUGACUGCCUUGUAGACAUCCCACCUGCUCUGUUGUGGCAUGUCUCCGGCAUUACCUCGAAAGCAAUUGGGUCCCAUUAGUUUCAGUGCCCUGGUUCAAGCCACCAUCCUUGGAGGAAGGAUUUUGGGCUUGAGCCAUGAUGCGGCAGCAUCGAGGGCCCCGCUGUCCUGUAGACAAGACGGAGAACCUUUAAGCUGUGACUACCCCUCCAAAGCAAUGACCCCAGCUCCCUGGGCUGCUCCCUCCCUUUCUCUUUCCCCAGGAGGAAGAGGUUGUCCGCGAGAGCCGCUUCUACUUCCGGGGCUACGGCCUGGGCCACUGCCUGCAGCACAUGAAGGACGGUGGGGCAAUGGAAAGUCUUGACAUCUACAGGCCACCCCCUCCCACCUCGCUCCUGAGGGAGGACGAGAUGCUCCGGAGGCGCUACCUGGACAGGGCCAAGCGCAUCGACACCAUCUCUCGGGCGGUCUUCCCCUUCACCUUCCUGGUCUUCAACAUCUUCUACUGGGUGGUCUACAAAGUGCUUCGCUCAGAGGACGUCCACCAAGCCACGCCCUGA